CUAUCUAUCUAUAUGGCUAUCUGCCACACGGCGAGUAAAUGUUUGUCUUCAGUCUAGGGAUGUUAACCGAUGACCGUUUGACCGGUGGUUGACCGUUUCAACGUUAACCGGUCAAAGUUAUGUUAAUCGGUUAAAAAAAAAAAAGUGAUCUCUAAAUUAGGCAAUUAUAGAUAUUGGAAUAAACGCUACUACAGUUAGCCAUCUCAUUCCAAUAUUUUUUUUUCUGUGAAGUGAAAUAAUCCCUCACGCAAAAUUUUUCAUAAUCGCCUGUUUUGUAAACCAAUAAAAACAUUUGGCGCGAGGUCACACCGUUUGGGUUUGCGCUCACAUGGUUUGCAAAAAGUAAAUGCUACAGGCUAAAACACUGGAGGUUAGAGCAGAGCAGACGACAUGAAGCGUGCAAAGAAAAGUACUGUGUGGGACCAUUUCACCAAAAAGAAUGACAAAGAUGUGAGUUGCAACUUAUGUGAUACAUUGCUGAAAUAUAGUGGCAGCACAUCAUCUAUGAUGUAUCACCUGAAGACGCAACACCCGCAAGCCUCUUCGGAUGAGAAAGGUAGCCAAAGCCAACCUACCGUGCCAUCUAUGCUAGCUGGUAGGAAAUGUGACAAACAGCGCUCAGAAACGAUUACCCAAAAGAUAUGCAGAAUGGUUGAAAAAGACAUGCUGCCCCUUGAUUUUGUAAGCGGUGAGGGAUUUCUAGAGCUUAUAAAAUUCCUUGAACCAAACUACACAGUCCCGUCUCGACAGACCAUAACAACACACAUUGAAGAGCGCUUUGUCAAGAAAAAAGAUGAGCUCAAAGCGCGCCUGUAUCGUGCCAGGUGUGUAGCCAUCACGACGGACUGCUGGACAGCACUAACCACAGAGAGUAAUGUGACAGUCACUUGCCACUGGAUUGACAAUGUCUGGCAGGUUAAAUCAGCAGUACUCCUCACAAAAAGUAUGCCAGGCAGACACACCGCCGAAAACCUGGCUGCAACACUAAACGAAGCGGUAGAGGCCUGGGGAAUGACCGGGAAAGUGGUCGCACACAAGCUCAUCCAGUCCUGAAAAACUAGAUGGAAUUCGGUGUUCGACAUGUUUGAGAGGCUUCUCGAACAGCGAUGGGCAGUGACAGCCGUCUUGUCCGACCACACCGUCACUCACAAAGCUGCAGGAUGCCAGAAUUCUCGAGAUCAAGGACGAAUACUGGGCAAUAAUGGCUGAUCUUAAACCUGUCCUGGAAACCCUUAAAUGCGCAACCACUAUCAUGUCUUCUGAGAAGACCGUGUCGAUCUCCCACAUCUACCCCAUCACCUUCAGCAUCAUUAAUAAGCACAUGGCCAUCGCUACCGAUGACAGGCCUCGGGCAGCAGAGUUCAAGACCAUGGUUCGACAGUCAUUGAGUCAACGCAUGGAGGUUGACUACAACGAACGCUUGGUUACAAUGCCAGCGAUGAUUGCCUCUGCCCUUGACCCUCGACAUAAACACCUCCCGUUUUCAUCAAGAGAAAAAACAAAGGCAGGGCUUGAUAAACUCAAGGAACUCUGUGCUGACGUGGAGCAUGCAUCUAUUGAGGAGGACAUGGGUGAGGAAGAAGAGCCUGGUGCUGCAGGAGGAGAUGAUGAUGUUGUUGCUGUGACAGCGGGUCCAUCCAGCGGAGCCAGCCACAAGGAGAGUGCAAUGAGUCUGCUUCUGGGAGAUGAUUACAGCGCAGCCGAUGCUACGGAUCCACAGUUGGAAGUGGAUACGUAUGUGAAAGAUAGUCGCUCCUCACUAGAAAGCAAUCCGCUUGAUUGGUGGAGGGCAAACCAGACGCGCUUUCCCAGACUGGCAAGAUUGGCGCAGCGCUACCUUUGCAUCCCCGGGACUUCUGUUCCAUCAGAGAGGGUUUUCUCCGCUGCGGGCCUUGUGGUUAAUCGACUGCGUACCCGCUUGACCCCAGAGCACGUAGACAUGCUUGUGUUCUUUAAUAAAAAUAAGUGACUGACUCGUAGUGGGUGUGUUGGGGCAUAACCCUUGACACCUAAAAAAAGGUUAUUAGGCGUCUUUUACGCAUUCAUUAAAGAUUUUCAUUCAUUUUUCGUCUAUUUUUUAGGCCACAGUAGGCUAUUCUCUAUUUAACUUGUUUUUCGUUAAUUUAUUUUCCGAGAAUAACUAAUGGCCAAAUCGUUUUAUGUUUUAAUAAUUAGGGGGCAGCCUAACCCUAAACACCUGUC